AGACCUUGCACCUAACACAAUCAACAUAACACUCUUUAACUCUUUACCUUCUCUUUGGGUUUUAGUUUAUCUUUUUACCUUAUCUUCCACCCGAAACCAAAAACCCCAUUGAUUCCCCUCAAAACCCCCAAAUGACCCCCAAAAUCAACCAACCCAGGUUAAUUUGGAAGGAGAUUCCGGGUCUUCAACCCUCAAAAUUUGAAGAAAACCAUCCCCUUUUACGUGGUUCUGGGUUCGCCUGCGUUUCGAUGCCGGAGAAGAAGAGGGUUCCGACGACUGUAGAGCUCACACCCACGGCGGCGCAGCUGUUAAAACACCCGCUGGCUGUUGUCGCUUUGGUUCCUAAAGAUGUUGCUCUGUUCGCCGCCGGUGCACUCGCCGGUGCUUCUGCCAAGACUGUUACUGCGCCUCUUGACCGGAUUAAACUCAUCAUGCAGACUCAUGGACUGAGAGCUGGGCAAGAAAGUGCAAAGAAAACAAUUGGAUUUCUAGAGGCAGUUAUUUCUGUAGGAAAGGAAAGUGGCGUAAAAGGGUACUGGAAGGGUAACCUUGCCCAGGUGAUACGAAUUCUUCCUUAUAGUGCGGUCCAGCUAUUUGCUUACGAGUCCUAUAAGAAACUUUUUAGAGGGGAGGAUGGUGAGCUUUCUGUUAUCGGGAGAUUAGCUGCAGGUGCUUCUGCUGGCAUGACUUCCACUUUUGUGACAUACCCAUUAGAUGUUCUUAGAUUACGAAUGGCAGUUGAUCCUGGGCAUCAAACUAUGACAAAUGUUGUUGUAAGUAUGCUAAAAGAGGAAGGACUUGGUUCUUUUUACAGGGGACUUGUACCUUCCCUCAUCAGUAUAGCCCCCUAUGUUGCAGUCAACUUUUGUGUGUUUGACUUGGUGAAGAAGUCAUUACCAGAAAGAUAUAAAAACAAAACUGAAGCUUCACUAGUGACGGCCUUUGUGGCAGCUACGGUUGCCACAGUGACAUGCUACCCGUUGGACACUAUAAGAAGGCAAAUGCAGAUGAGGGGUACUCCUUACAACACGGUUUUGGAUGCUUUUUCAGGCAUUAUUGCUCGUGAUGGUGUUGCUGGCUUAUACAGGGGUUUUGUGCCGAACGCUUUGAAAACCUUACCAAACAGCAGCAUUAGGCUUACUACCUUUGAUGCAAUGAAGCGUUUGAUUGCAGCAAGUGAGAAAGAGUUUCAAAGAAUCUUGGAGGAAAACAGGAAUGAACAUAAGUUAGGUUCAAGUUAGUUGAUCAUAUAAUGUCAUAAAUUCUUGGCUUGUUUUUAUCAAUUCUGAGCGUCUUAUUUAGAGAUAGUAGCAUGUCGUUAUAGCUCAAUAUCAACUCGAGGCCUCUUAAUUGUUCGCUAUAAUUGUUGUAAUAUGGUUUAUCAACUGUAAUGUUCGCUUGGUUUUAAAAGUUUCAAUCAAGGAAACCAAAUUCAUAUA